CCAAGAUGGCGGAUGACACGUAAGAAUGUUUGUGAAUCAUCUCUCUUUGACUCUCUCUUUACAUUGAUUUUUGGGACUUAUAAAAUCAUAAUUCGAGCUUCUGGUAUGGAUUACUUCGAAGAGCAAAGGGAAGAGAUUGAGUCUUUAAAAGCGAUAUUUCCAGAUGAAUUUGCGGAGCUGAACACUUGUCCUCCAAGUUUUAUGAUUCGCCUUGAUGAACUGGACCUUCCUUCCGGUUGUGUUCAGUUGAAAAUAACUUUUCCCGAUAAAUAUCCCGAAGAAGUUCCUUUUAUUGAGAUACCAAAUCGCUCUAAUGUACUCCCAACGGAAAUUGUUGGUGAACUUCUAAGGCAUCUUCAAGAAUGUACUCAAGAAUAUAUUGGAAUGGCUAUGGUAUUCACAUUGGUCAACGAGGCCAAAGAAUGGAUCAAUCAAARCAAGAAUAAAAUCAUAGAUAUUAAAAAUCAGUCAACGAAAACAGAUUUGGUUGAAGCUGAGGCAUCAUCAGAUGAAGAAGAGCUUGCAGACUCAAGGAAUAUCAGUUAUACAGAUAGUAAAACUGGAGGCCGAUGGGAUUAUGUCAUUGGGCUCAUUGGAAAGCCAUCUGCUGGAAAGUCUACUUUCUUUAAUGCAGCAACGCAACAAAACUCUGCUAAGAUUGCUGCCCAUCCUUUCACAACAAUAGAGCCAAACAUUGGAAAAGGGUUCUACUCUAUACCUUGCCCAUGCUCUUCUUUUACCAACAAGUGCCAAGCAGCAUUUGGACAUGAUGCAGCUGGUAAUCGUUAUGUACCAGUUCUGCUAAAAGAUGUAGCUGGGCUGGUUCCGGGUGCAUGUGAGGGGAGAGGCAAAGGAAAUAAGUUCUUGAAUGAUCUUCUGGAUGCCGAUGUACUCAUACAUGUAAUUGAUGUGUCGGGAGAGACAGAUGAAAAUGGAAAAGAGACCACAGGUAUUUAUUAUGUUGAUGAUCAGAAAGUGAAGGAUGUAGAAUGGCUUUACCAAGAGUUACAUCAGUGGAUUUUCUCCAAUAUAAUCAGCAAGUGGGACAUGAUCUGCAAGAAGCCAACCAAGCUUUUUAACAUGUUCACUGGCUACCAUGCCUCAAAACAUCUCAUAAAGGGUCUUUUUACCUCUCAAGGGAUAACAGAGAAGAAAAUGAAAKCAUUUUUCUCUCUAAACCAGAAAGAUUCUGAAAAGUUGGUCCACAACUUAGUUAGUGAAUUUCUCAAAGUGAGGUUCCCAAUUCUGUUGGCGUUAAAUAAAAUAGACCGUCCUGAUUCACAGAAAAAUAUUGAGACAUUUCAGGAGAAGUUCAAGGACAUGGCCAUGGUCCCUGUAAGUGCAAAAAGUGAAUGCUUUUUGCAGAAACUUAAAAAAAAUGGAUUAAUUGAAUACCAUGGUGGGGGCUCAAAAUUUUCAGCUUGGAAUGGAGUUGAUAAACCUAAAGAGAUUAAGCAUUCAGUACUUGAUAUUUCUGAAGUGACACUACAUACUGAGUUAGAGACUGCACAAGGAAURAUGAAAGCAGUAUUAGAGCCAUUCGGAAGCACUGGAGUUCUUAAAGCAGUUUCCACAGCAGUUCUUUUAAGGCCACCCAACUUUGCAUUUCCAGUGCAGUCACUAGACUCCUUGGAAUCAAUCAGUAGUCAACCCAGCAAACACCUCUCAGUCCUUAGAGACUGUGUUGUAUUGAAAAAGAACACUACAGUUGGUAAACUKUUUAAUGUACUUUGUCAUCCUCCAGCUUGUUUACUUGCUGGAGAAUAUGUCAGAGCAGAGUGUCUCGAUAAUACUGGCAAGAAGAGAGUGAUGCAUAAGGAUGAAAUGAUUGACGAGUCAAACCAAAUUGUCAAGAUAAUGAGUACCAAGAAAGCUUCAAAACCAAACAAGUCAAGAAGCUGAUAUUGACAUUAUAUACCAACUUAGAUUUAAUUUAAAAAAUUCAGAAUUAUUUUUCAAACUAAAAUUAAUUAUUGUAAUGGGAAAUAUGGUAUCAAGCCACUUUCAUGAAAUACUACUCUUCCCAGUAGACCGUUACACCUUACAUUUUUCAACCYAUCCAGAGGAGCUUUUAAACCCUCCAGCAGCUGGAAAAAAGUGAUCGCGUGAUCGCAUUUUGUGUACCAUGUGAUGAGCUUUUGGAUGUACCAUGUGAUCAAAAUUGGUUUACGCCAACAAAUUUUGAUCACGUGGUACAUCCAAAAGCUCAUCACAUGGUACACAAAAUGAGAUCAUGCUAUCAAUUUUUAUCAACAAUUUUUGAAAACRUGGGGGGUGUAAUGGUCUACUGGGAAGAGUAGUAUGCGAGUUAUUUUUCAUUAAUUCUUUUUGAGCAGUGGUAUUAUAUACGAAUAUCAAUAAAUAAAAAAGAAGCCAUUGAUAA